UCCAGAUAGCCGGGCAGAGCGAGCGAAAAUGAACCCAGACGAAGGCGUUCGUGGAACACUACUUCUCGACUUUCGAAACCGAGCGGCGUUGGCGAACUUGUACCGGAAGAGCUCCAUGCUGACCUUCGAAGUCCAGAAGAUCCAGAGCUCGCAGAACAUUGUGGCCAAGCUCACCAGCCUCCCCUUCCAGCAGUGCAAGCACGCCGUCACCACCGUCGACGGCAAUCUUCAGCUUGUUGGUGAACAACACGCGCUCAGAUUCAGUCAGAGAGAUUACAAAGAGGUCCGGUGAGGGUUUAGAAAGAGAGAGAUCAAUCAAUCGGAAGAAGAAGAAGAAGAAGAAGAAAAAGAUGUCGGAUUGGGGGCCAGUGUUUGUGGCCGUGGUGCUCUUCAUACUGCUCACGCCGGGGUUACUGAUUCAGAUGCCGGGCAAAAAACGCUACGUAGAAUUUGGCAACUUCCAGACGAGUGGAGUGUCCAUUCUGGUUCAUUCCAUCCUCUACUUUGCUCUAAUGUGCAUCUUCUUGUUAGCUAUUGGAGUCCACGUGUACCUCGGCUCAUAGAUCCCAGAAUAAACACCAUCCAUGUCUGCAAGUUCCCGAGCAAGUGGUAAUGUUGUGUGCUUCUAAUCUCUGUUGUCAUGUGCGAUCUAUUUCUUCUGUAAUGACAUUGUGUGCUUCUAUUA